AGCUGAGUAGACGAGGGUAUAAAUAACCCUCAGAAGUUUCACCCCGUUGCAGUACGUCUGACUGUCAGUGUGUGUGUUUCUAUAUUAAUGUGUGUGUGCGCGAAUUUAUUCAUGAGGAACCGUCUAAAUUAAGUUAUUUUGUAUUAAAUAAUAUUUAAGGUGAGUCGUUUAAUGCUGCGAAUGAGUGUCUUUUAAGCUAGCAGUUAAGAAUUGAGGGGUUUAAGUUUUUAUUUGUUUAGGUUUUUUUACGGCUUUUUGUCUUUUAGGUGCUACAUUUUGAAAGUUUUAGCAUCCUGAGGUAGCUACCUCAGUUAGUCAUUUGUUUAAAUAUAGCUCAAACCAUCCGCUUGGACUGACACAAUGACGCUACUAUUUUCAGGCAGCUUUUCUAAAACUACGGGAAAACGGCCGACUCCAGGAGAAACAGGCUAUCACCAUGGUUGCUACGAGCACGUUAAAGCCCAAAAGCAGCGAGUGUGUUUCAGAAUUGGCGGAUAGAAGAUAUGACCACGGUUGCAUUGAUGCAGGACUGGACGUCUGGUUAGACUGCUUAGAUGAGACCCAGAGGACUGCAGAUGCCACUGAGGACAGAACCUGUCAGCAGCUGGCAAAGAUGUUUGAAAACUGCCUUUCGCGGGCUAAGAAGACAACGCUACACUGCUCCUCUGUGCUGGUACCAGAGAAGCUAACGCGGAGAAUAGCUCGUGAAGUCCUGCGGCUGUCAUCUUGCGAGCCCUGCGGUCUGCGCGGCUCUGUUCUCUACGUCCACCUGGAGUUGGACAAGGGAUGCAAGCAGCUCGAACGCAUUGUGUACGAUGCCACCGUGGUGCCUACAUUUGAGCUGACUCUUGUUUUUAAGCAGGAUGGCACCGCCUGGCCCAGCCUGCGGGACUUUCUUUUUAUGGGAACCUGCUUUGCGCCGACCUUUAGGCACGCACUUAAACUGAGUCCAGGUUUCCGUCUCGUUAAGAAAAAACUGUACUCCUCCUCGGCAGGUACCGUGAUUGAGGAGUGCUGAACUUUUGUAGGGAUUGGGGAUUUGGAUAUUGGGUUUCCUGUUGGGAAAUGCACUUCUGCCCAAAUGUAAAUGACACUCCAGUGGUGUCACGUUUUCUACAGUGUUUUUGUACAGCGCAGUGUUAACUAUUAGCCAGUCAGCUUUGGAUGUAAAGCCAGAAGCUUGUGCAUCAGAAAGCCUGAUUGUUCUCAUUCAAGUCUUUUUUUCUUUUCUUUUUAAAUCAGCAAAAUUGUAAUGUUCUGGGUGUUUGUGUGUUUUCUAACAUGAGUUGCUCAAACACCAUUUGAAGUUGUACUUUUUGCAGAUGAAUGUAAACCGAUCCCAAAGUGUGAGAGGGGCAUACUGUCGGGUACACUUUUCUUAAAGACACUAGACACUUUCUUGAGGCAUCUGUGUGUUUCCAGAUACGUUGAACGCUCAGCCACAGCGCGCACACAGAGGGCUGAAUAAGAGUCUGACAUUUAGUCUUUCGGGGGCCAUAUUCUGGUUGUGUGAUGCUGUAUUUAGGGCUGUGAUUGUUUUUAAGACUAUAUGUCUUGCGUAGAUGCUGCUGUCAUGGUGUGGGACUUCCCACACUAUAGGGGAAUAUGUGGAUGCCUUAAAUCUCACGCACAUUUUUUUUUUUUUCACACAGCUAUGUCACAGCUGCGUCUCUUUCUAAAUGUUUUAUUGCAUUUUUAUUUUUUUACCCCCCCCCCUCCUCCGCCUGAUGCACCUUUUCAAUGCAGAGACUUUAUAAAUUAUUAAAGGAUGGUUCGCCCAAGUGAUGUGUAUUUGUUUUAACAAUUAACUUGUUAAAAAAAAGUCCCAAAUCCCCCU